AUGGCUACCAGGGAGAAGGGCUUAAUCAAUCCCAUUUUCAUGCUUAUCUUGGCAUUCUUAUGCAGCCAUGCACUAUAUUCCUCUUCUGUGGCAUCAACAAACACAGUCAGAAUUGGUGAUGAAGUCAACGCAACUUCGAAUCUUGUCUCUGAAAAUGGCAACUUUACUUUAGGAUUAUUCACUGUGUCAAGUCCAAAUUCCAGUUACUUUGGCAUAUGGUACACAAAUGAUGUACAACGGAGGAAAGUAUGGGUUGCCAAUCCAAACUCACCUAUCACCAGCAGUUCUGGAGUCCUCACAAUCGAUAGCACUGGAACAUUGAAAAUCACCAGCGGAGGCAACACUAUUAUGCUUCUUUCUGCUCAAAAUGGGACAGCCAAUGCAACAGCUACACUAGAAGACUCGGGUAACUUUGUCCUGAUUGAUGGAGUUCAAAGGACUUUGUGGCAAAGCUUUGAUCAUCCUACCAACACCCUUUUGCCCGGUAUGAAACUUGGUUAUAAUCUCACGUCCGGACAAAAUUGGACGCUUACUUCUUGGCUUAGUGAUUAUAUCCCUGCCUCCGGGGCUUUCACUUUAACCUUAGAAUCCGACGGAGAGUCAGCACAGUUGGUCAUUCAUCAGCGAGGAGAACUUUACUGGACUAGUGGACCUUGGUCCAAUCAUAAUUUCAUGUACACGUCUGAAUUGAUUAGCCCUUUAAAUACGUACCAGUACAACCUCCACCUCUUCUCCAGUGGUGAUUGGAAGUAUUUCACUUAUGAUGCUGUUGAUGCAAGUUUAGGGAUAUUGGAAUUGUCUUCAAAUGGGCAGAUUCUUGAUGGUGCUAAUAAUCUUGCCGUUAGCGAUUAUGACUUUUGUUAUGGAUUGGGUUUGGGUGGGUGUGUGAAUAAAGUGUUACCCGGCUGCCGGAGCCAAAGGAAUUGGUUCCAGGAAAUGAGUGCAAAUUUUCCGGGCGCACUUAGUAGCUAUGAUUUCAAUUCAAGCCUAAGUCUAAGUGAUUGUAUGGAAAGGUGCUGGAAUGAUUGCAAUUGUGUCGGUUUUGCCAACGCAAACAAUGGAACAGGCUGCAUAUUGUGGAGCGGAAACAUUGAGUUUCAAAUAGAUAAUCGUGGUGACGCUUUGAAGUAUGUGCUGGCUCCAGGAAAACCCUCCAAAGGAAAAACAUGGAUAUGGGCAGUGGUUGCUAUAGCUAUCUUCCUAUGUUUGCUUACAUUGGGAGCCCUGUGGUAUAAGAGAAUCAAAAAGAGUAGAAUAGAAGGUGAGGAGAGAAAAAGGCGAAAGGAGAAUUUACUCGCAUUGACUGCUUCAGACAGCUUAAACCAUGUCAAUGAUGUUGAGAACAAUGGGAGGAAAGGGCACGAUUUGAACACAUUCAGCUUUGCUUCAAUUGCAGCAGCCACAAAUAACUUCGCGGAUGAAAAUAAGCUUGGAGAGGGUGGUUUUGGACCUGUUUACAAGGCUUUUUCACCACUGGGGACGUUAUCGAAUUACAGUUAUUUAGGAAUAUGGUACACAAAUGAUGGCCAUCAGGACAGAGUGUGGGUGGCAAAUCGAACCACACCUAUUACAGGCAACUCUGGAGUGGUCAGAAUGGAUUGCACGUGGAGGUUGAUAAUCACCAGUGGAGGGACAACUAUUGCGAAUGUUUCUGACAAAGGCAUGGCCAAUGCAACAGCUAGACUGGAAGAUACAGGCAACUUUGUUCUGACUGAUGAAACUGGGAAGCUGACGUUGGCUUUCACCUUGAGCUGGGAGCCCCACUUAGACUCAGGUUCAGGGCAGCUGGUCAUUCACCGCCGUGGAAAGCCUUAUUGGACUAGUGGGCUUCUGAAUGGCCAAAAAUUUGUAAACAUGACUACAGCGUGUGAUCCUUACUUGCAGGACUAUUACAACCUCAGUCACGGGAUAUUGAGUGCGCUGAAGAGAACAAGUUACCAGUCUCCUCUUGAGGAUUCAGAUUGCCAAAUUCAAGCACCAUCAAAUGUUGAUGGUGCCCCCCAACCAAAGAGGGGGGGUGUGAGCGUGGACAUUGUUGUUGGCUUUAGCUGGUUGGAUGGUAGCCGCCAAGGACUAUAUUCUUCUUCUGUGGCUGCAACAAGCACAAUCAGAGUUGGUGAUCAACUCAACUCCACUACGAAUCUUGUCUCCGAAAAUGGGAACUUCACUUUAGGAUUCUUCACUGUGGGACGCCCAAAUUCCCAGAAUUCCAGUUACUUUGGAGUAUGGUACACAAAUGAUGACCGACAGAGGAAAGUUUGGGUUGCCAAUCCAAACUCACCCAUUACUAGCAGCUUUGGGGUCCUCGCAAUCGACAGCAACGGAACAUUGGAAAUUACCAGCGAAGGGAGCAGUAUUAUGAUUCUUCAUGAUCAGAAUGGGACAGUUAAUGCAACGGCUACACUAGAAGAUUCUGGUAACUUUGUCCUGAUGGAUGCAGCUGAUAGGAGGACUCUGUGGCAAAGCUUUGAUCAUCCUACCAACACCCUUUUGGCCGGUAUGAAACUUGGUUAUAAUCUCACAUCUGGGCAAAAUUGGACGCUUACUUCUUGGCUAAAUAAUUAUGUCCCGGCGGCUGGCGCAUUCAAUUUAAGCUUGGAAUCCAUUGGAGACUCAGCACAGUUGGUCAUGCAUCGGCGAGGAGAACCUUACUGGACAAGUGGGCCUUGGAAUAAUGGAAAUUUUGAAUUCACGGUCACCUUGAAUGACACAAGUAAUCCGUACCAGUACAACCUCCACUACGUCUCUAAUGGUGAUGGGAAGUAUUUCACUUUUGAUGCUACCGACGCCAAGAUUAGUAUGCUGGAAUUGACUUCAAAGGGGGAGAUUCUUGAUCGUGCUAAUAGUCGUUUCGUUAGCCCUGCUGAUUUUUGUUAUGGAUAUCAAGCGGAUAAUGGGUGUGUGAAAACUCAAUUGCCCGGGUGCCGGAGCCAAAAGGAUAGUUUCCGGGAACUGAGUGCAAAUUUUCCGGUCACAACUAGUAGCUAUGAAAACAAUACAAUCUCAAGUCUAAGUGAUUGUAUGGAAAGGUGCUGGAACGAUUGCAGUUGUGUUGGUUUUGCCAACAAUAGCAGUGGAACAAGCUGCAUAAUGUGGAGGGGAAAUGAUAAAUAUCAAAUAGAUGACAGUGGUAAUGCUGUCAAGAAGUAUGUGCUGGUUUCAUCAAAAUCCUCCAAAGGAAACAAGUGGAUAUGGGCAGUGAUUGCUAUAGCUAUCUUCCUAGGCUUGCUUACAUUGGGAUCUGUGUUGUACUUGAGAAUGAGAAAGCAUAGAAUAGAAGGGGAGGAGGAAAAAAGGAGAAAAGAGUAUUUACUGGCAUUGACAGCUUCAGACAGCUUAAACAAUGCAGAUGCUUUUGAAAACAAUGGAAGGGAAGGGCACGAUUUGAAUAUAUUCAGCUUUGCCUCCAUUGCAGCAGCCACUAAUAACUUCUCGCAUCAAAAUAAGCUCGGAGAAGGUGGUUUUGGACCUGUUUACAAGACUGUACAUUUUACCCCAUCAAAGUCUGCAGUGGCGAGAGAGGGUCAGAUGUACUGGGCUGCCCUUUAG